GAAUUCAGACUAGUUAAAACCUAGCUUUUCUCUUUGACCUAAAUGAUGAACAUCUUAACUUUUAUCUUUAUUCAUUUGGGUAAACUUCUUGGAAAUGAAUGACGAUUGUGGCAAAGUGUUCCACUCCUUUCUAUAAAUAUCUCAUGAUAGGCACCGCUAUACGCAUCGCUGUAGAAUGAUGUGAGUAACUGGCAACCUGGGCUUUCAUUCUGUGAUUAAUUUUGUACUUUCCCCUCCAGAAAAGCAUUUCAAGUCUCAUCUUAGGAUCAAAAGAACUCUUGAAGUCAUGAUUGCUUCACAGUUUCUCUCUGCUCUCCCUUUGGUGCUUCUCCUGCUUAGAGAAAGUGGAGCCUGGUCUUACAGCGCCUCUACAGAAACCAUGACUUUUGAUGAUGCCAGUGCUUAUUGCCAGCAGAGGUACACACAUCUGGUCGCAAUUCAAAACCAUGCAGAGAUUGAAUACCUGAACUCCACGUUCAACUAUUCAGCAAGUUACUACUGGAUUGGAAUCAGGAAGAUCAAUGGUACAUGGACAUGGAUAGGGACCAAGAAAGCCUUGACCCUAGAGGCCACCAACUGGGCUCCAGGUGAACCAAACAACAAGGAAAGCAAUGAGGACUGUGUAGAGAUCUACAUCAAGAGAGACAAGGACUCGGGCAAGUGGAAUGAUGAGAGAUGCAGCAAAAAGAAGCUCGCCUUGUGCUACACAGCUGCCUGUACCCCUACAUCCUGCAGCGGCCAUGGUGAAUGCAUAGAGACCAUCAAUAGCUCUACUUGCCAGUGCUACCCCGGCUUCCGAGGCCUCCAGUGUGAGCAAGCGGUACAGUGUUCAAGUUUGGAGGUUCCCAGAGAGAUCAACAUGAGCUGCAGUGGGGAGCCCGUGUUUGGUGCUGUGUGUACAUUUGCCUGUCCUGAAGGAUGGAUGCUCAAUGGUUCUGUAGCUCUGACGUGUGGUGCCACAGGACACUGGUCUGGGAUGCUGCCUACUUGUGAAGCUCCUGCUAAGUCCAAAAUUCCCUCGGUAAUGGGACUUUCUGUUGGUGGAGUCUCCAUGACAUUAGCAUCAUUACUCCUCUGGCUCCUGAAAUGCCUUCGGAAGAGAGGAACAUACCAUGACCAGCCAUCCAGUACUGAUCACCCCUAGCCAGCAGGAAGUAGCUACGGAAGAGUGGUCCGUCCUCCCUAUUCCAUAUGACAAAUGGCUGGAAUGAUAGGUUCUCCGGAGGACAGAGGUAGACCCCUACACUGCCCCAAAAAUGUGGCUGUUUACCUUGGAAAACUGCUAUGGACACCCUUUCCUGGAAUGUGGAUCCUCAAGUUGUGCAGCAAGAAAUGAUGGCCUGCAGAAAACAACUGCCUACAUGGAUUAACCACCUUCAAGAAUUAACUGCCCUUUGUCAUGGGACUCAACCCCCAUCCCUCCCUUGACCUUCCCCUCCCCCUUCUGCAUUGUUCCUGCCACAAGUUCCUGCCAUGAACUCCCAUCACAGAUCCUUUAAAAGCCUAGCACCUCUUCAAAGUAAAGCUGGCACCAUCUUGAGCUCAGCCUGACACCUCUGAUGUCUUAAUAAAUCUCUCUUGAUCUACCAAUUGGCAUUGGCACAUUCCUCCCUUGGCAAACCUAACAUUGCGAUACCUGGAGAUUCCGCAUCACUAACAAGCUUGAGGUCUUGCAGCUGCUGCUGGACUGUGGGUGACACCCUAAGAAGCAAAUCUUCACAUCACGUGUUUAUAAGACCUUAGUCAGAUGUGAAGCUGGUAAAAGCUUCCAAAUUCAAUGGUUUUUCUUUCUAUUACAAUUGGCUACCCAUUAAGUUUCUUCAAAACUUCAUUUUACCAAUCUAAAUUACAGGU